GACCUUUAAAAGCAACUGUUGCCUAAAGACAGACGUGGGAGGAAUUAUAGGUGAACCCAAGCUUGUCUAAAGAGCAGAGGCAGCUGCUACACGAUGAGUCUCAGUGAAUCAGAAUUCUCCGAGGAUGAGCAAGAAGUUGAAGAUGGGCAAGAGAAAUUCCAGAUGGAAGAAAGUGGCAGUGAGAUAGAGGAGGCGAAACCCAAGAAGAGGACCAGGCCAGUAAGAUCAAAGGCCAGAAGAAUUGCUGCCAAUGUCAGAGAAAGAAAGAGAAUCUUGGACUACAACCAAGCCUUUAAUGCACUAAGGCUGGCACUUAAGCAUGACUUAAGUGGCAAGAGGUUAUCCAAGAUAGCUACUCUAAAGAGGGCAAUCAACAGAAUAUCUACACUCUCCAUGUUCCUUCACUCAAGCCCUCCACAGAAGUGGUCUUGCAGCCAUGCAGAAUGCCGCCUGCAGUAUGAUGGGCAAAAGCAGCCAGAAGUCAAGGACAACCCUCAGAGAUUUGUGCUGCCCUCACAGACUCAGCAAGCUAUACCUGCAAGUCACGCAUAUGAAGAAGCCUCCCAUUUCCAGCACUGCAACUCUCCUCACUAUACCAGGUUUUCACCAGAGACUUCUUAUAUCCAUUGCCAAUUUGGAAACACAGCGGAGGAUGAUUUCUUUUCAAGCUCUCCAUACUGCACACAUGGAAGCUACAGCAUUGACAUUAGAGGAACUUGCUAUCCAAGUCAUACAGAAAACCUAGUGGAACCUUCUCCAGGAGCUUUUCCAUGGCAGCUGGGGUGUUUGCAAGGACCUAGUUACCAGCAUUCUCUUCCCAUGCACUGACCUUCCUGACAGACUCCUGGCAAUUUGCUGCUCCUACACAGAAAGACUGUCAUUUUUAAGAUUCCUUUCAGCCCAAGAUCAAAAUCAUUUGUAACAUCUAUGAUAACAUAAAAACGAAGAGCCUAAUCUCAGGGACAAAAUGAUUUAUUAAGUGUUAUUAUGUUCAGCAGCAAUUAGUAUUGCAUUGCUAGCAAUUCAUGCAUUAAAUCAGUUAAAAUGUGUUUUCUAUGCUGUAUAUUUUCUGCUGAGAAAUAUUCUUUUUCUAUUAGUUAGUACUAAAACUAAGAUUCUGUUACAAAACUGUAUUUGCUCAUGACAGUAAUGUCUCUGCUCCAUGUGCAUCUAUAUAACGUAGGCUGCACUGCAAACAUUUGAUUGCAUAUAUAUGCAGAAGUGAGUUCUAGUUGGAUAUGGUACUUUUCUCUGCUUGAUCAUGUCCCACUGUCUUAUCCAUUGCUUCUUAUUCUGUUACAUAAGGUAGGCACCCAUUUAGGCAGCACAAGCUUAUUUUCAAUUAACAUCCCUUAGAAACAUUCCUCAUUUAUUUGUCAGCCGAUUCCAUUUAUUAAUGAGGUUUGUUGAUUUGGGUCCAUUAUUUUACCAUAAACUUAGCACUUAUAUGAUAUAAGGCUGUCAUGCUAAACCAUUGAUUUUUCUACUAGCCCCUAUGUGCAGGUAUAAGGCAUAAAUGUUAAUUUAAUAAAUAUUUGAAUGCAGUAAAAUCAGCUUAAAACUGAAGCAGUGUUAACCUUAGGAUCUGUAUAAUUUCCCCUUGGUUGCAUUUUUCUAAAUAUUUCUACCCCUUUUGCUUCAAUUCUCACUUAUUAAGUGAUAAAUGAAUAUAUUAAACAUAUAGUGGUUGUGUGCAGUCAGAGAACUUAUAAUGCUGGGAAAUGCAUAUGCUGUUUUUCAGCAACUUGUUGUAGGUUGUUUGUUUUCACCUCUAUCCUCCUUAGAGCGUCAGAGAGGGGUCUAGCAAGGGCUUGGCUAUGCAGCAUACAGGGCCUCCCUCCAGCUGCUAAAACUCAGCAUACAGAAUAUUCCUGUUAUUGGGAAAAAAGGGAAAUGUUUUUCAACAACAAUUGCAUCUUGUAUUCUAGAAUGUGCAGCUCUCCUAUAGUUUUCAAUGUGUGUUUUAUUUGUUCUGAGAUUUAUAUGGAACAUAAACGAGACUAUAAUGCUACUUCUGUACUUCCCAACAUAUGGGCUCCUAUAAGGGAACAGUAUGUGCAGGCCAGUGACUGGUGACUGCGGUACUCCAGCUGCUGCUGAACUGAAACUGACACAGUGCUUCAAAUAAUGUCAGGAGUCUCGAACUCAAGUUCUCAAGCUGUCCUGGUAUUAUUGGACUUUUUUCCCCUGCUCUAGGGGCAAACUUGUAAUUGUAUUUUAGAGCUACAGUGCCAUAGACACAGCUCUGACCAAGUACUGCAUUCCAAUUACUGUGCUAUUUCUAUUUUGACUCCUAAAUCCUGAAAUCAUGCAUGAUGGACUCAGUGAAACUGAUAUAAUGUGAAAAAUAUUAUUUUGUUAUUUGGAAAUAAAGUUUUAUAUUCUGUAAA